GUCUAGCAUUAAAGCAAUCUGACUAAAGUACUUGAUCUUCUAAACGAAGAUCUGAGAACGACCCAUUCACAUUCGUCUUCUGUAGAUUUUGGAUUUCCAGUAUUGCUAUUUUUAUUUUCGCAAAUUUAUUUCUAUUUGAACCAAUCACAGAACUCAUUUCAACAAGCAUUAGGCAGAACUAUCAAAAUGGCGACGAUCGAUGAAUUGUUACACGAUGCUUUGAAAAAAUUUAAAAUUGACAAGUUUAAACCAGAGCAAAGAAUAAUAUUUGAUGCGAUAUGGUCAGGUAAAGACUGUGUUGGGGUUCUCCCGACAGGUUUUGGGAAAUCUCUGCCAUACCAAGUGUUAUCUUUGGUAGAGCGGAAGUGGAAUGGUAGCCGGACAGUACCGUCACCAAAGAUAAUUGUAUGCUGUCCUCUUAUUUCAUUAAUGAUGGACCAGGUCGGGCGACUAAGAGAAAUACCUGACGUAUCAGCAUUUUAUUUAGGUGAAAGUGAAGAAAGUGAUUUGCUGAUAAAGGAGGGGAAGUUUGACUAUCUGUUUGGUUCACCAGAGCAUCUGGUUGGUGAUGAUUCAUGGAGAAAUGUUAUAAAGACCUUCAACGUAUCUACAAUUGUUGUAGAUGAAUUUCACACAAUCACAUCAUGGGAUGAAGAUGACACAGGUAAAGCAUUCAGGAAGUGGUUCAGUCACUUAUGGGAGCUCAGAUCUUUCUUCCCUUCAGCUUCUAUAUUGGCACUUAGUGCAACAUGUAAAAAGUCUCAUUACAAAAAAGUUAUGAAAACACUAAACAUGAAAGGAGAUACAGUUAUUGUGAAAGUGUCUCCUAACAGAUCAAAUAUUAAAAUGUUAGUACAUAAAGUCAUUAGCAUUGAAAAUGAUUUCUUAAAAGUUGUUGAUGCUCUCCAGGAAAACAUGAUGCCUAGAACAUUAAUCUACUGUUCCUCAAUUAAAGAUGUUUCACUUAUUUAUAACUACCUUACCAGUGAAGCAAUAAACACCUUAACAUUUAUUGGCAUGUAUCAUUCUGAAACACCAAGUAAAAACAAAGAAGAAAUACUGGACAAAUUAAAGGAACACAACGGCAACUUUGUAAUAAUUGCUACAAAUGCUUUGGGCAUGGGCAUUGACAUAGUAAACUGUAACAAUGUGAUUAUUUAUGGGGCUCCCUAUACAGUCACCGAUUUCUGGCAACAAGUUGGACGCAUUGGUCGUGACGGUUCCAAUUCAACUGCCAUCCUUGCCUAUAAUUCAUAUCAUUUAAGAUCAGCUGAUGAAGAUGUCAAAAUGGUUUUCAAAACAAAAAGCUGCAGACGCAUGGCUGCAAUAUCUGAAUUUCUAACAAAGAAGGAACAAAAGAUUUUACGAAAUGAAACAGGCAACCAUCUGUGCUGUGAUUUCUGUGAGAAAUCGUGCACAUGUGGUAAAUGCUCAUCAACUUCACUGGAAAAAUUGUUCAUGUCAAAUAACAAUGACAUAGAACAUGAAAACUUAACUGACAAUAGCAGUACAAUUUCAUAUGAAUAUUCUGAUCCAGAAUAUGAUUUCAGUGACUGGGAGAUGGAGGAACUGUCAAUAUACUGAACUUUGUUCUGGGUUUCAGGCCAUUUUUCAACAGUAAUACAGUUAUGUAACAGUGGGCAGUUAAGGCAUCAGUAAUUCAGUCAAAAAUAUGCUUCUGUGGUAUAGCCAAAAUAAGUCCAAAGUAAAUAAAAUAUAUGCUCAUUUUCAGAAUUUUGUGUACAUAGAACAAAGGCUGAUAACAUACUUUUUCAAUGCUAGAAUAUAUUCUGAAUAGAAUAACAGGGUAUUCAUUCUUAUAUACCCCAAGUGGUAAGUUUUGUAGAUCAAAAUUGAUUGUGCCGACAAGAUCAAAUAUACCCAAUUUUUGGGUAACACACCACAACUUACUGGCAUUUCACUAGGAACUUUUAUAGCCCCUAUUUCCUUUUCAUCAAAAUCAAUAGUCAUCUGCUAGUUCUGACCAACUUCCCUAUCAAAUUUCAAGAUCCAAGGCACAAGAGUUCUUGAGUUAUCAUAUGGAAACCAUUUAACUGUUCUGGGUUACUGUGACCUUGACCUUUGAUGUACUGGCCUCAAAAUCAAUGGUUCAUGAUCCUAGGCACAAGUGCUCUUGAGUCAUAAUCCGGAAACCGUCUUAACUGUUCCAGGUCACUGUGGCCUUAACCUUUGCCAAACUGACCUCAAAAUCAAUAGGGGUCUUCUACUGGUCAUUACCAUCCUCCCUAUCACCUUUCAUUUACCUAAACGCAAGCGUUCUUGAGUUAAUAUACAGAAACCAUUUAACUGUUCUGGGUCACUGUGACCUUAAACUUUGACCUACUAGCCUCAAAAUCAGAAGGGUUAUUUGCUGGUCAUGAUCAAGGUCCCUUUAAACGUUCAUGACCGUAUGCCAAAGCGGUCAUUACUUAUCAUCUGGAAACGUUUAACUGUUCAAGGCCAGUGUGACCUUGACCUUUGUGGUGUGAUUGACCUGAAAAUCAGUAGGUGUCAUCUGUUGGUCAUGCCCAACCUCCCUCUUAACUUUCUUGAUCCUAGGCUCAAGCGUUCUUGAGUUAUCAUCCGGAAACUAAUUGGUCUACGUACCAACCGUCCGACAGACUGACCAACAUCUCCAAAACAAUAUACCCUUCCUUCUUCAAAGUGGGGGUGGGGGAUGGCGGGGAGGGCAUAAGAAAUGGAUUCUGUACCAGUACAAACCUGUUCUCUGCAAGUAACUGCAAACUUCACCACGUAAAUCAAAGGUGGAGGAAAAAUACUUUCAUACACAAUUUUUUUUAUAAAACCGUCAAGGAUACUCUGAACCCCUAUUUUAU